AUGAUUGUCAUCUAUCUUUUCUCGGGAAAACUUCGAAUGGCUGUCAUGUGGAGCACUUUCGCCUUUCAAGUAGUACUCCUUCUUGGAGGCCAUUCCAAGGCAUGCUUCGAGCGCGCGUCGCUCUUCACCAAUUCGAGUGAGCUAGGGACUAGGGUAGACGCGCAUCUUCGAAACCUUUUCUGGUUGUGCUAUCAUUUCGAUAAAGAACUUUGUCGGCGUACCGAACAGCCACCGUUUCUAUCCGAACACAAUUGUGACCUGAGUCUUCCUGGAGGCUACAAGGAUUAUGUUCAAUUUACCAUGGAAGCAGACAUUUACUCACGGCCUCUAUUUCCCGGCGAUCUCCGGUUGACGGAGAUCCGCUCCCGGGCUUAUACUGCUUUGUACUCUCGACGAGCCCUCGAAAAAAGUGAUGGGGAGAUUUUGCAGGCCAUCCGAACAUUGGAUGGUCAGCUGGAAGAAUGGCUUAUGUCCAUCUGGCAAGCACUCGCUGCAAGUCAUGGAGUCUCCGGCAUAAAGUAG